CUUUUAUGUUCCGCAGAAGAAAGUAACUCAAACAGGUUUGGAAUGACAUGAGUGUGCGUAAAACAUUGAGAAAAUCUUCAUUUUUGGGUAAACUAUCCCCCUGUUUAUUUUGUACUUUUUGUUAUGACUGUUACAUCAAAUAGCACCACAGUUUGUUUCCAUCUAGAAAACAAACCUGAACCACCAAGCUGAUAUUGAAAGUAAUCGUAGAGUAAUAAGCAUAAAUAGAGUUUUUUUUAACACACCUUAUUUAAUUGCACUUGUAAAUGAACUGAUCAACAGAGCAGAGAACUGUUUUAUACAUGUAUUUAAUUUGAAAUGUCAAUCGAUCCGGAUCUGUUGGUGCAGUGUAACUUAAAGUUAAUACCUCAGCCCCUUGCUUCUUUAUUGCAGGGUUUAAGAUCAGUUACAUGAAGAACAUAAGCAGAGGUAUCUAAUAGACCAGCCUAACACAUAUUUCUAGUUCAGUGAGAAUAUUAGAGGCUAUAUAGGAUAGAAUGUGAGGAGUCUAUUCAUCAGAACGGCACAAAGGAUCUUGGGACACCAGUGAUUCCAAGUGCAUUACUCUCUACAAUAAUUAGUUUUGAGUGCUGAGAGAGAGACCAUAGGGAACAAAUUUAAUUAAGUCGAACAGCAACCUAGAUCACUAUGCUAUGUGAUUGAGGUGGAUGCGAAGACUAUUUAAGAUAUUUUUAGUUUGAAUUAAUUGUAUUUGUUUUUUACUCAUUAGUAUUCAUUUGUCUCUGUGAUACCCACUGAACAGUAAUGAGUCUUAGCAGUUAGUUUCACAUACUCUAAUAUUCAGUGUUAGUUUUUUUUUUUUUUUUUUAUUAUUAAAGAUAUUUGAAUGGAAUUUAUGUCCAAGAUAAUUUAAUUAAAUGUAACAACCCAUGUUAUUAUCCCCCAAACACACAUUUAUUGUAUUACUUUGUAGGUUUUUCUUUCCUAGUUUUUAACAAUAAAGUAAAUUCAGAUGUGCUUCUGAAUAUUUAGUUUGCAGAUUUUGCUAUAAUAAUUACAAAACAGACAGGGAUCACAAUCCAUUACUCAGUUCUAUUGUAUUUAACGCUGUCAUGUUGAAGAAAGCAAGCUUUUAAAGGGCUUCACAAUGAUCGUAAUCAUCAUGACGCCAGCUAAACAAAGAGCCGUUAUCCAUAUCAGACCUUUGAAGACUUCCAGGUUUAUUAUCUGUGACAACAGUGGAAAAUAUUAAUGGGAUUUUGGCAUAAUGAAUGAAUGGCCCAAUUUAAUACGAAGAAUUCAAGGUACAGAAGAGCAGGAAUGAGACAUCAUGUCCUAUCUGGAUAUGAAAAGCAAACAACCCAUCAGAGGAUAAUUCCCCCUGUCUGAGCCAGUAGAGUUGUAAAGGCAAAGCAGUCGAUACACUGUCAGCAAACAACAUAUAUUUCGACAUAUUCUAUCAAUUACCAUGGUGAUCAUUCAGGGACCAUAAUAUAUAUAAAAGUAUAAUGAUAUUUCCGUAUGAAACCACCACAGUACCAUAUUACCGCCAAUGUGCUUUAUGUAAGGCUAUUAUAGUAUUUGUGUCAAUGCUGGUUUCCUUAGUGAUACACAAGGAUAUCCUUCUUAAGUAAAAAUCCACCUUUGUUCCUGAUAUAAAUAUCCUCAUCUGCCAUAAAGAAGGGUUGAGUGUCAGCAUAGAAUAUAAGGAUUAGCUUUUUUGAUUUGUAAGUGACCUAAGAGCACAAACCCCAAAUCAUACAAGCCCAGCCUUUGACACAAGGAAGUGCCAUUCUGAAUUGAAAAUGCCGUGUGAGUGUCAGUUGAAUGGAAAAUAAAUGAUAUAUAUUUCUAAUAAAUAUUAUUAUUAAAUAUAAAAUUGUAUAUGUAUAAAAAUAAUAUUUUACAUACUUCAGUCUUCAGUGUCACAAGAUCAUUCAGAAAUCAUUCUAAUAUGCUGAUGUGGUGCUCAAGAAACAUUUUGUAUUAUUUUCAAUGUUGAAAACAGUUAUUCUGUUGGAAACCAUGAUACAGUUUUCUCAGAAUUCUUUGGUAAAAAGAAAGUACAAAACAACAGCAUUUAUUGGAAAUAGAAUCUUUUGUAACAUUACAAAUGUAUUUACUGUCACUUUUGAUCAAUUUACUGCACUCUUGCUGAAUAAAAGCAUUAACAAAAAAUUUUUACUCGCACCAAACUUUUGUAGCAGUAGUGUUUUAUAUUUAUUGAAAAAAAGAAAAUGAAAGGCCUAUUGUGCUAUUUUAUAAAGGAGGCUACAAAUUUGCCGAAUGUUUCCACUAUUCCAAAACAAAGGCCCUGUAGAUUUGUGGCAGUAAAUGAGGAUUAUGAUCUAAAGAUAUUCAUGUUAUUUAACCUAUGAUCUGACCCUAGCAGUGAAAGUUGCCAAAUCUCUCUGUAGCAUCAUAUUUACUAGUAGAUGCCAAUAAAAAAAUCUGUUUUGAAGGAAGAAAUCACACUGCUGGCAUCUGACACGGGCAGGGGUCAUGCUUAAGCUUUGUUAAACCUGUCUGUGAUUCUCCACAGAUUCUCCUGAGAUUUAUCUGGAUCUAUGGCUCAUCGCACAGAGAAAGAAAAGAAAAACGCUGAAACAAAGUGCUUAGUUUGCAGCUUAAAGCAGAGCCCUCUCAUUACAGAGUAAUCCACUGACCUUUUCACACCACUUAACAGUGUUUACACGCAGUGGUUGCCUUUCAAUCACACAUGCUCUUCUUUUGGACCUGUUGAUAUAUGUGAUAACAGAUUUAGUAUACUCAGAAAAGGUGUUUAAGGAAUAAGCCAUUGGUUGUGAUUAGAUCUCUGGGUUCUAAUUGUACAUUUUCUGUCAAGUCAUACUUGAAGUAAAGCAGGAUACUGUUGGUAGAAUAAGAAUAGUUGGUGUAUAAGUGUUAAGUGACUAAAUAAGCACUAACUGGGAACAUCUGGUACAAAAUACAUUAUUUUUAUAUUGUCAAGCUAUCAACCAAACAAAGUGACUCAAGACUAAAUUGAAACAUUAUUGUGAAUGGAUGAUAGUCAAAACAAAGCCCAUGAGUGCACUGUGAUGUGCUUAAUUAAUGUUUUCCUCACCCUUGCAAUUAUGUUGUCUGAUUUCUGAUCUAUUUAAUUGGUUAUCCAAUAAUGCCCAGUAGGAUUAAUUUAUGAAACACGGGCAGAAUGAAUUUGUGUAAACAGUUUGCCAAUUCAUUCUUAUGUAAGUUGUUUUGUCAAUGUAUACCUGUAUAAAAAUACCUUACAAAAAGAACAAAUAUGCAUAUUUUAUGUUAUAAAGACAGACAGACAACUUAAUAAAUGAUAAAAAAACAAAAUUAUUUAUUUAUCGGUCAUUAUGAUGAGCCCUGAAUUUAGCUCUUCUAUGGUGUCAGGUUAUGUUAAUACAAUAUUCAAUAUAUUUCAACCGAUAUGUCAAGAAUACAGUUUCUUUUAGCAUUUCGCAGAAAUCAGGCAACAGUGCCUAAAACAGUCAAAUGUUUUUUCAGGGAACACCUCAUCCAAAGAAAACAAUGUUACCAUGGAAACGGACAAUCCACUAAUAACAGAAGUAAACAAACAACAACAACAUAAAAAAAACUCAGCUGUCAACCCCUGGCUGUUUUUUUUUUUUUGCCUUAUCAAAACAGUCACAUGCUUUGACUCCCAUUGCUAAAUCAUGUGUGUUUGCAUUAUCAUCCUUAUUUAUUGUGUUUCUAGGAUUACCUUUGGAUCAAUAUAGAGAUCUCUGACAUUUCGUACAGUGUUAACUAGGGUGAAAAGAGCCAUCACCUUAUUGUCUCCACUCCCUGGGGGCACGACACUUACUCCAUGAGUUCAUGUAUUAGGAUGCCAAGGGUAUCCAUGUUUAAGCAAGUAAACAAAGAAACCAGGCCAUUGUCAACUGCAUGUCUUUGAAGGCCCACGUUGUGUAGAGUUUCAGCAAGUGCCCUCAGGCGGUCGACUAUGGGACUUUAUUCACAAUAGGGCUGGUCCUGAACAGUGGACACACCAAACUUCUCUGACCUUAUUUCAUUCCCAUAAAGGAAAGUGCUCUAUAAAAGCACUCUUAGUUCACAAGAAGAUCUCAGAGGCAGAGGAUACCCAAACCAACCGCAAACAUGGUACAAGGUUCAAAUUCGGCAAACAGCAGGAAAUAUAUUCUCCUCAACGCUUUCCUCUUCCUCCUAGCAACAAAAUUCGACAAAAGCAUUCAGUUAACGUUGACCGAUUGUGGAUUAGAUUACAGACGUCCAGAGUACACAGACAUCUCGGUGGAGUGUGGAACGGAAUACAUCGGUCUGGCCAUCAAAUUCUGUCCUGUUCUAUACACCGGCUACAAUGAAUCAGAGUUAAUCCUCAACAACGUCUUCAAUAACCCAGAUUGCAAGGGGACCCUCGACGUUACCACCUCACCUCCAGUGGCCCGAUUUAAGUUCCCGCUUAACUCAACCAAUGCCUGUGGCAGCAGUUUUGUUACGAUCAAAAGUGCAGGGACAGGCGUAUUCUCAGACUUCUCCAACAUCGAGACCGUCAACGUCAGUGGAGCUGUACGAUCGAAGGACAUCACAACAGGCACCGUGACUUAUAACGCCGAGCUGAAGUACUACUACUCAUGCUCCUAUCCUCUGGAGUACCUGAUCAACAACACUCGGGUGGAUGUGUCGGCCUCCUCGAUUGCAGUAAAAGACAACAAUGGCAGUUUCAUCAGCACUCUGAGACUUAGACUCUUCAGAGACAUAAACUACACCCAGCCUCUUGUCAUGCAUCCCAUCGGUAUUGAGCUGAGGACAAAUGUGUUUGUGCAAGUGGAGGCCACCAACUUGACCUCCCAGUACUUUUUGCUGCUGGACAGAUGCUAUGCCUCCAUUUCCAGCACACCCACCACCAACAACUACUUCAACCUCUUUGUGCCAUGUGAAAUGGAUCGGCUCACUAAAAUGCUGGUGAACGGGGAGAUGCAGCUUGCUCGGUUCUCGUUUCCUGCCUUCCGCUUUACAGAGCAGCAGAACCAGACAGUGUCAACAUACUUUCUGCAUUGCAUCACAAGACUGUGUGAAAUAUCAAGCUGCAGCACAUUUAGGCAAUGUGGCAAAAUAAAAAGGAGAGACGUUGCGCCCAUCACUCCUUCUCCAAAUGGAGUCACAGACAGCACCACCAUCACAUCACCCGCCAUCGUCAUACGUGCAGAUAACGUGGUGGCAACAAAAGAGGAAGAUGUGUCAAUCAGCACAAAAAAACCCGUGGACUCCUCUGUGGGUCUCGGCGUGGCUGUGGGUAUCCUGGCAUUCGCCUGCAUCAUGGUCGUGGGAAUGGGAGCACUUUUCUACAAAAGCCACUGGCACAACGCACCAACAAAAAUGCCCCGGUGAGCAGAGAUGCCCUGCUGCUGCUCCAAGAGAGGAUCUCCCACCACUGGAGAGCUGAGCAGGGCUCAGUAUAGAACUUUUCGGACAACAACUUCAUCUUUCCUAUAGUGUUUCUUGGUGAAUAAUCAUAGCAUAACUUGGUUUAGAAGAGCAACAGUGCACUACAUCAGCUCUACACAUGAAACUUGUGUUUAAGUGUAGCUUAGACUUGGGGAUACAUGUUAAAAGCACAUCCAAAACAGAGAUUUAAUCCUUAGCUUAUAGAUAAGGCAAUAUGAAUUCUCUGUGAUUUUGUGUUUUUUGAAUUGAAGUGCAUUAAAAUUGAAAGUAUUGACUGACCCAUCAAAUGAAUCCAAUCCCAGUGAGCACAUGCUGUGGUACCUGUAAAACACAAAAAGGAAGUAUGAAUGUAUGUGGAGGGUUUGGAAGUGAGAGAGCUCUUUAAGACACUCCCUAAUAACUUCCAAAAUAUUUUACUGUAUGUGUUAUUUAUUAAAGACUUCUGCUUAACCCUCAUGAAAUGUUGACACCCCCAAAUCUAAAAUAUACUCAUGUACAGCCCAAAACAUCCCUGCAUUCACAAUGAAACUUGUAACUUUUAAAUCAUCACUUUUGAGCACACACUAUAGCAGAGUAUUACAGAUUCCUUCUGCUUGUCCAACUUCAUAAAUAAAGAAAUGGGAAUGAAAGCAAUUUUGAAGGAGAGUGCGGCAAUGCGUUGAUUUUUAGAUCUGAAGUUAUGUUCUUGGCUCUGCACUUUGUAUCAUUAUAAUUCCUAUGGCAGGCUGAGCUCUUAAAGUAGAUGUAUAUUUGUGAUUCCUCCAUUAAUGCAUGCUUCAAAUGAAUAAAGACUGCUGGUACAAGAACAAA